GUCUCCGGACUCGCAGGAACAAUUUUGUCCACCAAGUUCCCAGGAAAUUUAUCGUUUUGAAAUAGUGCUAUGGAAGUGUACACCGCAUCGAUAUAACUGGUUAAUUUAGUGACUUUCAUGGAGGAAUGUUUUUAAGUUGACAAUGUUCGUGGGGAGUUGAAAUUUGAUCGCUGAAAAACUAAAGCCACCAUGAAUAAACUCACAGUGAAUGUACCUACGGGUCGGCCUGCCGUGGCCCGACACACGCUACAGAUAUCCCUCAACCGUUCCGUACCAGCAGUCACCGAUGAGGAUAUCGACAGGUCCCUGUUUACCUACCCAUCCUCAUCGUCUCAGAAGAAUCGUGUCAGCCCUACGAUGGCUAGCAGCACCAACGAGUUCGGAACGAGAACACCGAGAGGUGGUCCCCAGUCCCGCGGUAGUCCGGCCGGGGCAAAGAUUGUAGACUUCGGGAGAAAUGUGGAGCUUCAGCCGAGGGGAAAGUUUAACGUCAGGGGUGUGGGGGUUGGAGGCUUCUUUCCCCCGGUGAAGUUGAGGACGGGUACGUCUGGAGUUCGGUUCUCUACAUCAGCUGGAAGUACGAGAUCGUGUAAAUCCGCCAUCCAUUCGAGCCCAGCACCAUCCCCGCUCAAUGUUGAACUAGCCCCUUCGAAGACUUCCAGGACGGCGGGAGAGUCUGACCGCCUGGAUGCGUCGUCGAUGGACCGGGACUGGUCCCCGACGACAUCACGGUCAGAGAACCUUGCGAGGACGCAUACAUUGCAAGACAGACCCGGUAAUCCUUAUAACACAAGAGCUGCUGCUUCGAGGGAAACACUUUCAAUCAAGGAGUCCUCCCCCUCCCCAUCUCCGCAGGCCUUUAAAUCCGGCAACAACCACACCACUCCUGGAAGCUCAAAAUCCGGAACGCCCGACCAGCAACGUGCCAGCAAAGACGCAGCGUGGGUGAGAUCCUUCAAGGUGAAACAGCGAAGGAACAACAGAGUCAAGGAACUGAUGGAGAGUAAACCGGCUGGACUAGCCCUCACGAGUCCAACCAACAUGGGUAGCUCAGUUUGGUGACACCCCUCGUUUGAAAACGAGAUGAUGGAGUAAUCAUGAUGACAUUCUUAUAUACAGGCCUAGGUGUCAUUAUGAAAUUCGGGGUCUUCAAAAAAUAGUUCGGAUCUGAAGAGGGAGGGGCAGACAGAAACACGAUUGGGGCAAUGGGGGCGUUUCGAACCAUUGGGGGCAAAUGUAUCAAACCAUUCAUUCGUGCAUUUCUUUAAAUUUGGGUGGGGGGGGAGGGGUGUCAAUGGUGAGAAUUGGAGGGGUCUUUCUUUUAAGCCAUCUCUUAUGCUCUUGGUUGGAACACAUUAAGCAGCGAUAUGCAGGCCUACAUAAUGUUAUUGACUUUAUUUGUUUCCCCAUCAUGUACAGUACAGUAUAACUGUUUUACUUUUAUCAAAGAGUAAGUUUUAUUUGUUUUUUUAAGGGGCAACGGCAUACAUAACCAACUAAGUAUGAUGUACAUAGUGUAACAACGCAAGAUACACUGUACAUUGUAUUCUGUAAUGUUACAUUUUUGUUUCAGAGGAAAUCCCAAGUUAUUCCUUUAGUUUCUUACAAAAUGAUGUCAAUUGCAAAUUUUCUAUGAAAUGAUUUGUUCUCAAUGGAAGCAAAACACAUGCUUAGGGGCCUAUAAUAAAAAAGAAUACUUGAACAGUCCAGUGUUAAGCACAUCAAAUCCAGCAGCCAUUUCUGCAUACAAAAAUAUAAAACUAUUGGAGAGAAAGGCAUUUGUUUUUAUGUAGACUUAAAGGCACUGGA